AUCAAUUUCAGUAAAAUAAGUUAAUUCGAUCUAUCAUAGUGUUGGGAUAUAUUAUCCCGGCCUAUUACUAUUCAGGAGCCCAAGGCUUUACGUAGUACGGAGCCCGAGCAGCUAGGCCCCUUUCGGCCCAUCCGGCCCACUUUAGCCAUUUGGGCCCACUCCGGCCCAUGCGGCCCAUUAGGGUGGAGAGCAUCCCCUUCCCCUAUUCUCUAUAAAUAUGGGAGUUUCCCUCCAUAUUAGGGAUCCCUUCCUUCUUCCUUCUUCUCUAGAUUAGCUUGAUCCUCCAUUAAUAGGAGCUUGAAUAUUGUACUAUGUAAUGGUGAGGAGAGUCCUAAUGAGAAUGAGAGGGCUUGGACAUUAGCCUAAAAAGUCCCGUGGUUUUCUCCCUUUCCGGGUUUCCACGUAAAAAUAGCUUGUUCAUACACAUUUAUACAUAUAUUUACUAUAUCGUGUUGGAUUGAACUCAACACUGGCGCCGUCUGUGGGAAUCAGUUCAAAAAGACUAAGCGUGUUCUUCAGCUUCAAGGGAAACUUGAUACGAAUGGACUGAUUUCAACGAAAAAAUAAACGAAAAAGAUGCUGGGAACACCCAGAUCCAAAAAGAAUCGGAAGAAGCAGCCACGGCGGACCCAGCCAGGUGUUGGCACCACACCGGCGGGCGUCGUAGCAGGCCGGGGACUCAUCCACCUCGCCGGUUAGUAUGGUUUCCCUCUGCUUCGGUUACAGCUCAACCUCGAGCCAGGUAAUUUCCCGCCAUUAAUGGCGGUUUGGAGCUCAGAAAGUGUGUACUUCGGAGUUCAGCCGACUUCCCAUCGGAGACUAUCCUCUCUGGCCGCCUCCGCUCUGCUGCGACCACCAUCCUCACCGGCGGAAGUGGCCGGCACAUGCGGCUCGCUUUUCUAAAGGAUACUCUGUAUAUUGCUGCUUGGACCUAAGCGCACCACGUCCGCGAAAUCCAGACCAAGUAAAAGGGGCGAUUUCUUGGGGAAUUUGACCAAGUCAAGUUGGGGAAUUCCGAUAGUAAACCGAGGCCAUCUGGCUUGGACGUACGUCAACUUGGGAUUUAGAUUGGCUGAAUAAUUGGAGCCCUCGGCUCUUGGGCAAAGUUGUGGAGAAUUUUGACCAAAGUCAAAAUUGGCAGGAGAAGACCAAAUGUGACUCUGCAAGCCAUGCUGGCCGAGACUUUAUCCCCAAAAGCUAAGUACCCAUACUUAAUUUUAAGUUGGUACAUUCAAUUGUUGUUUAAAAUAUUAGUAUUGCUAGUAUUUUUAUCACCAUUAUUUAUUAGAGAAUAAAACCUCCCAAAAUUAAAUAAUGCCGAACGAUGCUCUUGUGAUAAUUAGUUUUCACCGUCAUUUUUAUUAAUGAUUGGUUGUUGUGGGCCAGUCGGCCUGCCCCUGAUCGGCUUUAAUUAGCGAACGGAGCAUACCUGAAUGGCCUUGGAUAGGAUAAUAUCAUUGCUAUUACCUGUUAUAUCACUAUUAUUUAUUAGGGAUAAAAUGUCCCGAAUUAAAUAAAGCUGAGCGAGGCUCAAGUGAUGGUUAGUUCGGCCAACAUUUUAUUGAAUAUUUAAUUUUUUGUGGGGCCCGUUGGCCCACUCUCGAUCAGCUGUGAUUAAGUGAUCCGAGCGUCUCCAGAAGGGCGAUGUCCCGACGACGCAUUUUAAUUGGAGGGUUGCGCAUUAGUCCGCACGGCACUACGUGCCCGAUCGACGAUCAUACCCUAGUAUCAUUUACGCCAUUAGGCGCGAAAUGACUAUUGCCAAACGUGGCCUGUGGGGCCCGAAGGCACCAAAGCACCCAACCUCCUUUUUGUGAGGGCAGUGCGACCAACUUGGGUCUGAGUUUGAAAACUCACGGACCGAUGAAUAUCACUAUGUGACGUUCGGCGGGCUGCUAAUUGGCCCCGCCGCGAGCUGUUACGUCCAGCAAUUCCGCACGGUGAGCCGGGCCGAGGCUCGCUGUUAGUGCAAUUAUUUGGCAAUAUAUUUUGCAUUAAAGAGAGUUGAUCACAAAAGUUAAAGAGGCUUAAUGAUGGCUGUUGUAACGGAUUUGUGUUUAUUGCUGGAGUUAUCAACGAUAUUAAGGCUGGAGGUUACUUAUUUUUGAGCUGGCCAACAUUGAUGACGAGUUGCGAAACCGACGACGGGUCGGAACCGUUACGUCAAACCGCCAAAACAGACAAAUUGAGUCAUUGAAGCGUCAAGAAUAUCAUUUUUAAAUAUUGUAACGUUUUUUGUACAUUAUUAGGCUCCUUAAUGUGAUUAAGGAGGGUAUUAAAUGUGUUUGACCAGCCUUUAUGACGGAUUUGAAUCCGUCGGUACGUAACGGAUGGCCAAUCCGUCAAUAACGGAAAAAACCAUCAUUAGAGCUUUAAUUGCUUUUCCUAUAAAUAGAAUAGCCUCAUUGUAAUCAAGGCAGCUGAAACAUUCGAAUAAUACUCAAGUUUUCCUUCUUGUUCACUCUCUUGUCAUCUCCUUCUCUAUUCUUGUUCGAAGCCCUUUCUUUAUACGAAUUCCUUUUUAAUUAGUUUUAGCUUAUCAAUAUUUUGCUUAAACAAUUUGGCGCCCACCGUGGGGCAUCGUGCAAGAAAGAGUUUAGAUAUGGCAGGAACAAAUCAAUUGUUGAUUGAAUUCCAUCAACAAUUGGAGACAGUCCGAGAGGAGAUUCGGCGUGAGAUGGCGGAGAGGAUGGCCCUUCUUCAACGGGAGAACGAUGUACUUCGGUCCCAGGUACAAUCCGCAGUGUCAAUAGCCUCGAAUUCAAGGCCCAACCGGAGAACUGACCUUAUGAAUGCUGCCACAAGGUUGGAUCUCGGAGUCUCCCCGCCAUCGACGACUCCACUCGCGGCAUCGACGGAUCCAGUAUCUCUUACGCUGGGUCUGUCGCCAACGCCGACUGGAGAGCCAUACUCGACGGUCAUAUCGCAAGUCAUCCCAUAUACGCCACUCGUGCCAGAGACGACGCCACCAGCCAACAUACCAGUUUGUUUCUUCCCGGAAACCCUUCGGGUCAGAUCGAACGGGUUAGGCUUGCAGGCAGCAACUCAAAGCAUGCCGGCGACGAAUCUGCAUUCCAUCCCGACGGAACCAUCAAUUCCCCACUAUAGGAGCACAACCUGUGGAAAUCCCGGUCCGUCCAACUCUAAUCCGUCAACAGGUGCGACUCAUGUCCCGACGGAACCGUCGGUUCCUCGUUACCAAAGCAAAACUUACGGAGACGCUGAUCCGUCAAGCUUCAUGCAGGAUGCCAGACGUAACGGGCCUAGUGUGUCAUUUCUGGAACCUCAGACGCAACGCCUUGGCAGACCUGUCAUUACAUCAGCGCCGACAUUACCUGAACGGCGCCCUGAGAUAAUAUUCAUUCCGUCACCGACCCGACCUGAAGUCACCCAAAUGGUCGGACCAGCGACUUCGACUCCAUUGUCAAUUCACCCGGUCAUAGCAGAUCAAAUGUCCAUGAUGAUGGAACAAAUGCGUCAGAUGCAAGAUAAGAUCAACGGAUUGCCAUGGGCACCCCCACCCUUGGACAGAGCAUCGAGAACGUGUUACGCAGAGUCUCCAUUCAGCAGACGGAUUACUGAAGUCGAGAUACCCAGGAAGUUCGUCGCCCCUUCCAUGAAGAUGUUCGAUGGUACGUCCGACCCGGUGGAACAUGUUGCCCAAUACAAACAACACAUGCUGACCGUAUCACUUCGACCAGACCAAAGGGAAGCAUGCAUGUGCAUAGGAUUUGGAGCGACACUUUCAGGACCGGCCUUAACCUGGUUCGUCAACUUGCCAAAUGAGGCUAUCAAUUCAUUUGCUGAGCUCGUCGACUUGUUUAACCAGCAAUUCGCAAGUAGUCGCGUUUUGGAGAAACAAACAAGUGAUCUAUACAGAGUUGUUCAGCGACGAGGGGAAUCAUUGAGGGAUUAUCUUCAUCGUUUCAACAAAGAGAAAGUGUCGAUUCCAAGGUGUGACAUACCAACGGCAAUUGAGGCAUUCCGAAGAGGUUUGAUCGACGAUUCAGAGCUGUACCGUGAACUGACGAAAUACCCUCUUCGAUCCUUCGAAGAUGUCCAAGCAAAGGCAUUGGCUUUCAUCCGCCUAGAAGAAGACUUACAAUCCCGUCUUGGACAUGUUGAGCAUGAUUGGGGGCACGGGAAAUCAGAAUCUCCUUAGAGACAUGAUUACAAGUCUGGGAAACCUUAUUCAAGACCUGAGCAACGAGUCGUCAUUCCAUGACGAGAUGAACAAGACAAGGUACCCUUCUUUUUCCGAUGAUAGACAGAUUUUAAAGUGCUGCAACACGGUACCCUUAAAGUUGUUUCAUUUUCAGUUUAUUGCUUUCUUUUGCAUAUUGUCAUCAUUUCUAUGACGAAUCACUUCUGUGAUGACUCACUUCUGUGACGAAUCACUUUCAUGACGAAUCACUUUCAUGAUGAGUCAUUUCCGUGACGAGUCAUUUCUGUGACGAGUCACUUCUGUGACGGGUCACUUUCGCGGUGAGCCUAAUCGCGACAAGUCACUUCCAUGACGAGUCACCUUGGUAACGAGACGAUUUUAAUCAUCGGAUGGGGGGCAUAUUGUCUGACGAUAGACGUGUUCUAAUGUAAGAUAUGUGUUUAAUUUUGUAUACAAGUGCUAAAUUCAUUGCUUUCCUUUACCUGAAAACAAUCACUAACUUAAUCGUCGGAGGGCCGUUGGCUUAAGGCCAAUGACCAAUCCUAGCGACGUUUUAAGUGCAGGAAACCAAAUGAGGUGCCAGGUAAGUCUCUUUGAUACGUCGCACGUCCUCGUAAGUUCAAUUAGAAGUCCAUGACGUAUUGGGUACGAUGGAUCUGUCAAAGCGUCAUGGUUAGUCUGUACGUCACUUUGAGGUCGUGUCUUACUUUCUAAUUUGACGCCUGGCAGAACUGCAAUUUUAACAUGCAAAUCUUAUGUCAUUUAUAGACUUGGUAUUUUGGAUUGCUAAAUCCUCAAUAGUUAAUAAUCUUUGCAUUUUCCUUCAAAUCAUUUUUGUAACUUAUCUUAGCCGUGAGCUUUAGUUCAAUAUAUUUUGGGGUCCUCCGUGGGAUCAUACUAUUGUCAUUCCGCUGAAAGAAUGUUGUGACAUAUUCAGUGUAAAGUAAACAUUUCCGUUUCAAGAUAGAUUCAUUGCUUUUACUGACUUAACCAUUUGAGGGUCGUUGGCCUAAAGCCAACGACCAGCUUUGACGGUUUUUAAUGGAUGCAGGACUAUCUCGACGCAUAAGACCAAUCAAUUACUGAGGCAACUAAGAUUUCAACCAUGCUCUUGCCAAUUACAUAUUACACACUAACAUCAAAUGGGAAAGGGCUGGGCUGCCCAUGAGAAGAUCAUGGAUAACAGUCCCAGCCGGCCCUUACAACAUAUAUAUUUUUGGCCAAAACUUACACACAUAUAUGACAACGCACGUGCAACCAAAACAUAUAUGACACCGCACGUGCAACCGAAACGUAUAUGACAACACACGUACAUCAAAAAAAUACAGAACUACACAACAAAAGCACAUGCUCCAACAUAAGGAGACAAUACAAACGACAAACGUAAUGCCAUAUUUAAAGUUUUUGCAGGAUAUGAACCAAGUUCACACAACACAUCUCGUCAUCUUCAACGAUGGAUGAUGUUCCCGUCGCUAGAUGAAGUGUCGACAUCAAUGUGAAAGAUGUUGUAGAAUUUCUGUCACCGAGUCGUCAAGACAAUUUUGGAGGAGAGAAGAUAACAUGUCAGGCUUCAGAUUUUGUUGUUUUAGUUGAGGAGAUGGAUUCGAUCAACGCUAAUUCUGAAGAAAGACGGAAAUGUUUCAUCAACCGAAGCUGUCAACAUGUCACCACAAGUCGUCGAUAGACGCAGUGAACCAAGAGGUGAAGUGUUGCUCUUUCAAAAUUUCGACAAGUUACCGCUUAAUGAUCCGACCAUGCAUUGUACGCGCCAACUUCUCGAAAGGGGCAAUUGUUAGUGCAAUUAUUUGGCAAUAUAUUUUGCAUUAAAGAGAGUUGAUCACAAAAGUUAAAGAGGCUUAAUGAUGGCUGUUGUAACGGAUUUGUGUUUAUUGCUGGAGUUAUCAACGAUAUUAAGGCUGGAGGUUACCUAUUUUUGAGCUGGCCAACAUUGAUGACGAGUUGCGAAACCGACGACGGGUCGGAACCGUUACGUCAAACCGCCAAAACAGACAAAUUGAGUCAUUGAAGCGUCAAGAAUAUCAUUUUUAAAUAUUGUAACGUUUUUUGUACAUUAUUAGGCUCCUUAAUGUGAUUAAGGAGAGUAUUAAAUGUGUUUGACCAGCCUUUAUGACGGAUUUGAAUCCGUCGGUACGUAACGGAUGGCCAAUCCGUCAAUAACGGAAAAAACCAUCAUUAGAGCUUUAAUUGCUUUUCCUAUAAAUAGAAUAGCCUCAUUGUAAUCAAGGCAGCUGAAACAUUCGAAUAAUACUCAAGUUUUCCUUCUUGUUCACUCUCUUGUCAUCUCCUUCUCUAUUCUUGUUCGAAGCCCUUUCUUUAUACGAAUUCCUUUUUAAUUAGUUUUAGCUUAUCAAUAUUUUGCUUAAACACUCGCGAUAGCCAUAGGCCGGUAAUCGUGGAUGUUAAAGAGAGAGCCAUGUAGAUGGCUAUGUGUGUAUACAUAUUGUCGGGCCGUGCGGCCCGUUAUCAUGCUUAUUGCACAGAUUGGAGCCGCUCGACGCGUUCGAGCGAAAUGAUUAAAAGACGCUCGACCCGAGUCUUGAAGACGCUCAGGGCUAGCUAAAGAGGAGACCAUCACGGCUGAGGACCGUGAGACGAGCAUCUCCACCCCAGAGACCGAUGGCCUAGGAGAGAACACCUAGAGGCCGAGGGUCUAGAGUGGACUACCACGGCGGAGGACCGUGAGACGAUCAUCCAUCAUUCAGAGGCCGAGGGCCUAGAGGAGACCAUCACGGUCGAGGGCUGUGAGACCAUCCUUACAUCAGGUCGACCUCUCAUUGCCGACACUAUGAUAUCACGGCCGGCCUCUCGGCACGGCGUGUGUUCCAUACUUGAAGACCGGCCUCGUCCCCGCUCCUCGCGGAUGAGAGCCGUUGCUUGAUUCUCUCUGUCGGACCCUCGGCGCCGACACCAUUAUAUAUCACAACCGGCCUCUCGGCACGGCGUGAUUACCUUAUUUGAAGACCGGCCUCGUCCCCGCACUGCACGGAUGAGGACCGUUGCUUGGUUUUUUCAUGUCGGCCUAUCAUUGCCGACAUCAUUAUAUCACGACCGGCCUCUCGGCACGGCGUGAUUAUCUUAUUUGAAGACCGGCCUCGUCCCCGCACUGCGCGAAUGAGGACCGUUGCUUGGUUUUUUCAUGUCCGCCUCUCAUUGCCGACACCGUUAUAUCACGACCGGCCUCCCGGCUCGGCGUGCUUUCCAUAUUUGAAGACCGGUUUCAUCCCCACACUGCGUGGAUGAGAGCCGUUGCUCGGAUAUAUCGGCCUGAUCGGACACUAUUGUCAUCUCCUUGUCAGGACCGUCUGCUCAGCGACAUUAUGAUCAUUGUUUAUCGGCUCCCAAUGCCGACCUUCUUGAGUUAGCGAUCGGACUCACCCCUCCCCUCCAGGAGGGUGACCAUCGCCUUCACAUGACGACCAGCUAUUCCACCGCCUCGUCAUUUUAUUCGUUUUUGUAUCCCACCACCAUUAUGUGUGACAUCACUUGUGGUCAUUCUUAGAACCGAUGAACGUAUUUUCCUCCCUCAAAAAAAAAAAAAGAAAAAAAAAGAAAAAAAAAAAGAAAAAAAAAAGAUGGGGAGAAGGGGAGAUGAGAUCCUAUGAGAGAGGGAGUCUUGUCGAGGUAUGCCUGAUCUUCCUUCACCGCGUAUGACGAACGUCUCCCGACGCGGAGGCUAGUAGGAACGUGGGGGAGGCUAGACGUACCAAAGGGAACCUUGGCAAGAUAAACCAGUUCCUCCCAUUUCCCGUGGAUCGAUGAACACCUUCUGCCAAAGCAGAAGGCUAGUAGGGCCACGAGCAUGGGACGACGAAGUAGGGAACCCGCGAUAGGGUAAACCAGUUCCUCUUUGCGAUCGGUGAUUGACCGAACGUCUUCUUCGAGGGAAGAAGGCUAGUAGGAUCACGACAGGGACGAGCGAAGAAACGGGAACCCUGACAGGGUGUACCGGUUCCUCCCCCUUAUGGACGGAUGACGAACGUCUUCUGCGAAGCCAGAAGACUAGUAAAUCACGACUGGGGACGAACAGAGAUAGGGAAUCCCGACGUGGAUAAAACUGUUUCUUCUCAUAGUUGGGAUGACGAACGUCUCCUGCGAAACCAGGAGACCAGUACUCACGAGACUUGGGAAGAACAAAGACCGAGUUCUUUACCGGAGUCUGUUGCGUGCCGAGUGUACACCGCUUAGCGGUCCAUACAUAGGACCACGGAUACGGUAGACGAAUGAAGACCAGCUCCAUGGAUCAGACACGAAGGACCAGUUCUUUACCGGAGUCUGUUGCGUGCCGAGUGUACACCGCUUAGCGGUCCAUACAUAGGACCACGGAUACGGUAGACGAACGAAGACCAGCUCCAUGGAUCAGACACGAAGGACCAGUUCUCUACCGGAGUCUGUUGCGUGCCGAGUGUACACCGCUUAGCGGUCCGUACAUAGGACCACGGAUACGGUAGACGAACGACGAUCAGCUCCCCAGAUCAGGUAGGAGGGACAUCGCCCAGAUUUAUUUCAGGCUCACCAUUCCUUCCCGGAUGGAGUCCUGGCAGACGAUCGGCUUCUCACAGCCAGUCAGGAGAGAGACUUGACACAUCACCAACACGGCCGAGGGCCGUGAGACGAUUAUCACUCACCGACAGGCCGAGGGCCAUGAGAGGAUCAUCACCCGUCUUAUGCAGUACGAUCGACCCCUCAGCGCCAUCGUACCCAGCUCACGUUCAGCUCGUCCAUCCCUUCCAGGGUGGCGACGAACGUCUUAUGCAUCACGAUCGGCCCCUCAGCGCCAUCGUGUCCAGAUUCACGGUUCGGCUCGCCCAUCCCCUCCAGGAUGGCGACGACCGUCUUAUGCAGUACGAUCGGCCCCUCAGCGCCAUCGUACCCAGCUCACGUUCAGCUCGUCCAUCCCUUCCAGGGUGGCGACGCACGUCUUAUGCAUCACGAUCGGCCCCUCAGCGCCAUCGUGUCCAGAUUCACGGUUCGGCUCGCCCAUCCCCUCCAGGAUGGCGACGACCGUCUUAUGCAGUAUGAUCGGCCCCUCAGCGCCAUCGUACCCAGCUCACGUUCAGCUCGUCCAUCCCUUCCAGGGUGGCGACGAACGUCUUAUGCAUCACGAUCGGCCCCUCAGCGCCAUCGUGUCCAGAUUCACGGUUCGGCUCGCCCAUCCCCUCCAGGAUGGCGACGACCGUCUUAUGCAGUACGAUCGGCCCCUCAGCGCCAUCGUACCCAGCUCACGUUCAGCUCGUCCAUCCCUUCCAGGGUGGCGACGAACGUCUUAUGCAUCACGAUCGGCCUCUCAGCGCCAUCGUGUCCAGAUUCACGGUUCGGCUCGCCCAUCCCCUCCAGGAUGGCGACGACCGUCAUAUGCAGUACGAUCGGCCCCUCAGCGCCAUCGUACCCAGCCCACGUUCAACUCGUCCAUCCCUUCCAGGGUGGCGACGGACGUCUUAUGCAUCACGAUCGGCCCCUCAGCGCCAUCGUGUCCAGAUUCACGGUUCGGCUAGCCCAUUCCCUUCCAGGAUGGCGACGAACGUCUUUAUGCAGCACGAUCGGCCUCUCAGCGCCAUCGUGUCUGGCUCAUGUUCGACUCGCUCAUCCCUUCCAGGAUGGCGACGAACGUCUCUUAUGCAGCACAAUCGGCCCCGCCGUGCCCGUUGUGUCGGGUUCAUCUCCGGAUUGCCCAUCCCUUCUAGGAUGGCGACGACCAUCUUACGCAGCACGUCUGCCUCUCGGCGCUGACAUGCCCGGGUUAUCGAUGAGAGCCACCGCUUUCUAUCACAUCUCACAUUCCUUCUCUCAUACAUUGCACCCAUACAUCACAUGCAUUCAUGCAUUCAUGCAUCAUACCUCAUACAUUCAUACAUACACACGUGCAUCAUGUUUUGACAGUACCGCGACGUCGGUUUAUAGAUGAUGGACCUCUAAGCUUCUCCGAUUGGAAAGCUCGAGUCAGAGUCCUUUACUCCCGCCUGAUGCAUUCAGGGGGAGUGUGAGCGUGGAGGAGCACCCUUCGCCCGACCCCGUCGGGAAGGGGGGUGCCUCACCGGCAGACUACGUUCAGGAGUGCAGACACUCACUCAGAUAUUAUGAUUAUGUGAAGACACCGUUUCCAGCAAGACAGAGGAAGAGCGCAGGCAGAGUAUAUUUUCUCGAGCAGAUCCGCGAGCUCACUACUCAAGAAACUGGGGGACUUGUGUUGGGAUAUAUUAUCCCGGCCUAUUACUGUUCAGGAGUCCAAGGCUUUACGUAGUACGGAGCCCGAGCAGCUAAGCCCCUUUCGGCCCAUCCGGCCCACUUUAGCCAUUUGGGCCCACUCCGGCCCAUGCGGCCCAUUAGGGUGGAGAGCAUCCCCUUCCCCUAUUCUCUAUAAAUAUGGGAGUUUCCCUCCAUAUUAGGGAUCCCUUCCUUCUUCCUUCUUCUCUAGAUUAGCUUGAUCCUCCAUUAAUAGGAGCUUGAAUAUUGUACUAUGUAAUGGUGAGGAGAGUCCUAAUGAGAAUGAGAGGGCUUGGACAUUAGCCUAAAAAGUCUCGUGGUUUUCUCCCUUUCCGGGUUUCCACGUAAAAAUAGCUUGUUCAUACACAUUUAUACAUAUAUUUACUAUAUCGUGUUGGAUUGAACUCAACACAUAGUAUUAUCAAACAGACUAUAAAUUAGACUAAUUUUAUUUUUCUUUUAAAUCACAUUACAUAUGAUCCGGAAGAAAUCAAAUUUCAAAUUAACUAAAUUACAUAUUGCGAUGCACGGGCUUGAAAGCUAGUAAAGAAAUAAGCAAAAAUAAUCUCACGUCAUAAAUGACAUUAAUUAGUUCUAUUUUGGAAAUAAAAAUUCGAAUACUAUUCUCUAUGUUUUUUGAAAAAUAUUCUCUAUUAUUUAUGGACAAACCCCAUUUAAAUUGUAAGAUGAAAUGAAAAUGAUGGGUAUUGAAAAAAAUGAAGAAAUAAGCAAAAGUUAAUCUCGCGCCAGGUAGGGGUCGAACCUACGACCUUCUGCUUAGGAAACAGACGCUCUAUCCACUGAGCUACAGGCGCUUUUGUUUAAUAAGAAAGAACGUACACCAAUAUAUUCAAUAUUAUAAUGAACGUCCAACUGGUUUGGGUCUACCGUCUACGUGGUUUUCUCGCUCAAUACCAACUGGUUUGAAGACGGAUUCCGAUACUGAGACCAGUUGUUCUUCAAUCUUCAUCGAGUAAGGCUCCUCACCAUAAUUACUGGCGAGUAGUUAGUUUCAGAUAAUCAUGAUAUGAGUUUCCUUAUUACCGAAAUUGUAUGAUUUUUUAAUGGUAUUCCUUGGAAAGCUUCCAAGUAGAAGGCAUACUAGUACUCCUUAAAAAUCAUACAUUGGCAGCAGCCAUGGAAGACUUCCACGCAGAAUCAGUGAAUUGCAGGAGAGAAGUAGAGAAGGCAAUCACAGAGAAAGUAAGGGAGGUCAUCUGCUCCAUCAAAGAAGCAAGCCACGUCGACCAAGUUAUCGCAGCUCUUCACUCUAUUGCCAUUCUGCUAUUCCCUCUCGAUUCUCGCUCCUUCUUAGGUUCUCGUACAGCUGAAAUUAUUAUAUGUUAGGGAAAUCAUAUUAUUCAGGUUAAAACUAAUUUUUAAAUACAUACUUUUCUCUUUGUGAAUUUCAGGUAGUAUUGAUGAGCAGUACAAAGAACAGAUACAAAGCGCUCUGGUGCCGGAUUCUGACAAGAGAAGUGAAUGGCAUCAGAUUUUCUACAAGGGUGCUGCAUUUCGCAUGCUAGCUCAUGUUUUAUUAUAUGGUGUGGCUUUGGAUUGGCUAGCAUGCUUCCCCACUUCUGCAAGGGUACACGUUUAUGAUGUGUUUUUUAUAAACGGACAUUUCACUGAGGUCAUCCAGGCACUAGUUCCUUCUUUACAAGGAAGAAAUAUUGACACUCGGGAUCUCAAUAUAGUGUGCUUGAAUGCUGAAAGGUUACUUCUUCUUUGCUUGUUUGAGAAUGAUGGACUACUCCGGAUUGUUAUAGAAUUUUCCAGUGACUCUCGAACCAAAGGAUAUACCCAUGAGUCUGUCCAGCAGAUUAUUUUCCAAGUAUCACAACUUAUUACUUCUAUUCCUGACAAAGCACGAACAAGAGCGCCCACUUCGCUCUCUUCAUCAUUAUUUUAUAAGCGUAUUACCACCCAACUACUUGAUGGAGCAGAAGAGUCAGACAGGAAUUCAGAUGAAACAUUGUCCUUUGAUAAAAACAAAACUGAUUUUUCUCUUCUAUUUAUUGGCCAAGCAUUUACUCGCAUUUGUCGGCGAGGGUUUGCAGAUGUGCUGUUAAGUGUGCUGAUUCCUAGAAUCCUCAAAAGUGUUCGUAGCCUUCUAGGGCCGAAUGCUGAUUUGACUGUUAGUGAAGCAUUUGAGUCAAAACCUGGUCUUCGUUUUUUCCUGAAGAUAAUGGAGGCAGUUCAAGAUCCACACUCAGUAGAAAGGUUGUCUGAACAACUUCUGAAUCAACUAGCAGCUCAAAAAGUGAGAGAUGAUGAAGCAUAUUGGAUUUUAUGGAUCUUGUUUCACCGUAUCUAUGAGCAAAAAACAUCAAUUAGAUCCAUGUUCCGAGAUAAAUUUUUACUUUGGAAAGUAUUCCCUAUAUGUUGUUCAAGAUGGAUUCUCCACAUUGCUGUUUUUGAAUGUGCGCCUAAUACUUCAUUGGCUACAAAACACUGUAAUGUCCGUGCUCAUUUAGACACCGUGCAGCACCUUGCCAUAGCAUGGUCUAAAAAAGAAUUUGUUCAAUCAGCUACAAUUGAGCAGCAAGCGUACAUCACUGCUGCUUUAGGCCUUUGCCUAGAGAAUAUAUCAAAGGAAGAUUUAGAUGCAACCAAAGAUGCACUGCACUCAAUUCUUCAGGGUGUUAGCUGUAGGUUGAACAGUCCUGAUCAUUUGGUCCGAAAGAUGGCUAGCAAUGUUGCUUUAGCAUUUUCUCGUAUAAUUGAUCCAAAAAAUCCGCUGUAUCUAGACGAUAGCUGCCAUGAUGAGACAAUUGACUGGGAGUAUGGUUUAGGAAACUUUGAGAAGGGUUCUUGUCUUAUGCCUAAUUGCACUGAUGAAGAUAUUAGCAGAAAAGAAGAUUCUUCAUCCAUAUCAGAAAGAAAGGAGUUUGAUAACAGAAGUCAUGAUGAUAUGUCCAACAAUAUGAUGGUUAAUUGUAAGCGACUGCAUGAAUGCAAAAUGGUUGAUCCUGAUGAGAUUGUUGAUCCCGCAUUGUUAAUUACUGAGCUGGCUCCUUAUGAAGACGAUGAUGAUAUCACAAAUGAAGAUUCUGAAUCCUCUAGUGAUUCGUCAUUGCAGCCUUAUGAUUUAGUAGAUGAUGACACAGAUUUGAAAAGAAAAUUCUCGCAGUUGGCUGAUGUGAUCGGAGCACUAAGAAAGCCUGAUGAUGCUGAGGGUGUUGAACAGGCUCUUGAUGUUGCUGAGAAACUUGUGCGAGCCGUUCCUGAUGAGCUUAAGUUUGUAGCUGGUGAUCUCACCAGAGCACUUGUACAUGUUCGUUGUUCAGAUUCUACUGUUGAUGGAGAGGAAGAAUCUGCAGAAGACAAGAGAGAGAAGGCAUUAGUUGCUUUGAUCGCUACCUGCCCGAAUGAAUCUCUAAGUGAGCUAAACAAAUUAAUAUAUUCACCGAAUCUAGAUGUAAGUCAGCGGAUAUUGAUUCUUGAAGUCAUGACAAGUGCUGCUCUAGAACUUGCAAAUUCACAAACUUCAAAACCCAAGCAAGACUCUAGAUUCCUCGUGUCAUCCAUGUCAGACCAGCCAUGGUUUGUGCCCAAGAACAUAGGUCCCCCUGGAGCUACAUCAUGGAAGGAGGUCUCAACUCCGGGAACUCCUUUGAAUUGGUCUUACUCUUAUGAGAGAGAGCUUCCCUCCAAACCAAGUCAAAUAAAAAAAGGAAGGAAGACACGUCGGUGGAACCUUCAAGCAUCAAUGAAACAAGAUACCCAGGUUGACUGUUCCUUGAAUAAGUUUCCCCAAUAUGCAGCUAUGUUUAUGCUUCCAGUGAUGCAGACAUUUGAUAAGAAAAGACACGGUGUUGAUUUGCUUGAUAGAGAUUUCUUCGUUUUGGGAAAGGUUAUCUACAUGCUCGGGGUUUGUAUGAAGUGUGCUGCUAUGCAUCCAGAAGCAUCUGUUUUGGCAUCUCCUCUAUUGGAUUUGCUGAGAUCUAGGGAGGUAUCUUUUCAUAAGGAAGCAUAUGUCCGGAGGUCUGUGCUUUUUGCAGCAUCAUGCAUAUUGAUUUCUCUUCAUCCCUCCUUUAUAAAAUCUGCCCUAGUUGAAGGCAAUGCUGACUUUUUAAAUGGGCUCGAAUGGGUCCGCACAUGGGCCCUAAGUGUAGCUGAAUCAGACACAGAUAGGGAGUGUUACACGCUGGCAAUGAGCUGCAUCCAACUCCACAGUGAAAUGGUGUUGCAAGUUUCUAGAGCGGUUGAUAGGGUAGAAGAGAGUCACACCCGUUUGCCCUCAAAUAUGUGGAGGAGUGGUGGUGCUAUUAAAUUCUACUGAUUGGUGAGUUUGAAGAAUUGUUUCCAGAGAGCCCUUUAGUUUGGAUAGAUAAACUCAUUCAUAGACAUGCUUUGUUGGGUUAGAGAUAUUACUAUAACGUAAUUAUAUUACAACCCUUUUAAUGUAUGAGGGAUAUAUGAUAACUUUCAAUUGCAAACAAUUGAUUACACCGUCUAAUUCUACAUGUGGAUAAACAAACAUAAUCAUGUAAUGUUGAUUACAUUUCAAAGUUGUUAUUACUAAGUAA